UAUGUUGGAUAUUUUACCGCGCAAGACGACGAUCUAUGUGGUCGGCGGUUCGCAUCCUUCGGCUCGACCCCAUUCUUCAAGAACGCAAGGACGCUAAUUUGGUAUGCAUACUCCUAAGCUCACUGAAGAGUAACCCGAAGAUUCCACUUAGUUAUAGAAGUAUAACACUUUGGUAAUAACUUUCCAUGUUCGUAUUUAUAGAACAAUAAAUAAAUAAAAUCAAUUGAAUGAUGCAUAUACAAACAACUAUUCGUAUGAGCACGUAGUCUGUUUAGACGAGGUUUCUUGCCUCUCGAGCGCUUAUUGAUGAGAUUUGGGAUACUCCUACCGCUAGGAAUUCAUGAGGUCAAAAGGAAUGUGUCCUAGAGUAACAUCUAAGCGCCUCAUGCAACCUGCUCUGGGUGAGCAACAUAACAUGUUACAAAGGUAUCAUAUUGAGAUUAGUAAAAUUGAUUCAACUACCAGUGAUCAUCUACGCCAGAGUUCUGCUCAAAAUUGCGUGUAAAAAUUCAAGCAUCUCUAAAAGUGAAGAUGAGUGGUGAAUUGAGUCGGAAUAUGGGCGAAAGACAGCCCGAAGAAGCGUCGAAAUUGUUGAAAGAUAGGAUCAUUUAUCAUUACGACGUCUGCGCUGAAUACUAUUAUUCCCUUUGGGGCGAACAUAUCCACCACGGAUACUUCCUCACUCCCACUGAUACAAAAGAAAUUGCUCAAAUACAACAAAUAGAACUCUUAGUUCGCCAAUCGAAGCUCGAACCGGGAAGCAAAGUGCUGGAUGUUGGAUGUGGACUCGGUGGUACAUCUCGAUAUCUAGCACGAGAAUUGGGUUGUGAGGUGAUAGGAAUCGCAUUAAGUGACGCAGAGAUAAGGAUUGCGAGGCGAGUGAGUAUAGGGGAGGCAGAUGGCGGAGACGAGGAUGAAGAUGGCUCCAUUAGGCUAGGGAAAGGAAAAGUAAAAUUCAUGGCUUUAGACGCUGAGAUGAUUGAAGAAACUUUUGGGAAUAAAACCACGAAAACGUUUGACUGUGUAUGGAUUUCGGAUGCAAUAAGCCAUCUUCCAGACAAGAGAAAGUUCGUCAGUGACGUAGCAAGGCUUUUGGAUAUUGGAGGAAAGCUGGUGCUUGCGGAUUGGUUUGCAGUUGAUUCUUGUAUGAACGAUGGUUUGAAGUCUAAGCAGCAAAAUGAUGACUUGACAGCUAUUGAAAAUGGCAUGAUGCUUCCUCCACUCAUCAGUCAAGAAGUAUUCGUACGCUUAGCUGGGAUGAAGGGGUUAAGUCUUUUGGUCGAACCACUCGAGAUUAGUGAAAAGGUGUCGAGAACAUGGGAUAUAUCGUGGUCCUUAAUUACAAAGCCAAAAUUAUGGCUCUUUGCUCUUUCGCAAGGAAGAGAAGGGCUAGCAUUUGUAGGCGCGCUGAGGGCGACGAGAAGGGCAUAUUCGAACCAGACUUUUCAAUAUGCUGUUUUAAUUUUUGGGAAGUAA